CAGGGGGAAAACAAUCUAAAACCGAGCUGCUGGGAUGAAGCUUGUUCCCCUCUCACCCCGAUCUUUCUUUCCAUUCCCUUCGCUCUCUCUCUGGAUGCUAUAAGAACUUGGGCUCUAGUUGGAAGCUAUUUAAAAACUAACAUGGUUUAAUCCUCUAACUGCAUGUUGGGUAAAUUCAAAGCCCGCACAUGGUCAUCCUCUUGCAAGUGAAUAAGUAGCAUCCGAUGGACAUUUUCUCUGCUUACAGCAUAGUAAUGAAUGUCUGACAGGCGCGACCUUUCAUAAGACAGCCUACAUUAUUGGCUUUCUGCCCAGAUUAUUGCUGCAAUCCUAUCUGUGAUUGGUUAUCUCUCUAUCAUGCCUUGUUUCAGAGGGGGAAAACAGCCCCUUUUUAAUAAAUCUGUGAUGGCUGGCUGCAAUAUGCUAUACUGUUGGUACUAAGAAGUGCCUUUCCUGACGUCUCUGCUGCUUGGAAUCGCUUCUAGAGCAGUCUCUGCUUUUGCCUUGCUUGCUGCCAGCUAGACUGCGACGACACCACAUCCACCCUCACCUCUCGCCCAGCCACCCCUCCCCUCUUAAGCAUCAGGCAUUGCCCUAGGCUGCUUUAGUUAAUCUUACAGAAAUAAAAGUUUGCUGGAAAAGUGAGCAGUCUUCUGCCAGGAAAAGAAAGGUGGAAAAAAAUCUAAGAGGAGAGGAAAAAGAUCCACACCUGUUUCUUGAUUUGUUGCUCUAAACUGCUGCAUCUGUCUGUGCCAAACUAAUCAUUACCAAUUGCACCACACCAAAAAUUAAGAACGAAUAAUUAUUGCAGAUUCAGCUGUGUGUGGAGUCAACUUUUCCUGAGAGCAGCUUGAAAAAUUCUGUGUCCGAGGGUCUGCCACUUUUUUUUGCUGCUUGCGUUUGGGGCUCCAAUUCGGCAUUCAGAAUGGGUUACUGAGAGCACAAGGCUAGUUCGAAGGCACACUUUUAAAUGCUCCUCUUACUUUUGAUCCUAGCAUUUCUCUAAGUUUAACUCCCCCCUCCCCUUUUGAUUGACAGUUUCAUGCUGUGACUUUCUACAGGGAAUAUCUCUUCCUUGCUGUCGCAACAACACAAUUUUACAUCUUUUACCAUUGGGCUCGGGAACUGGGGAAAUAUUUUUGAGGUGACAUUUUUGAUCAUUUCCAGUCUUAUCAGUUUGGCCUUUUUUAAUUUGUUCAUUUCAUUGACAAUUUUAACUACCUGUAAAAUCUAAACAUGGCUGUAAGUGUCACACCAAUCCGGGACACAAAAUGGCUAACACUGGAAGUAUGUCGAGAGUUCCAAAGAGGGACUUGCUCACGACCAGAUACGGAAUGUAAAUUUGCACAUCCAUCAAAAAGCUGCCAAGUUGAAAAUGGACGCGUAAUCGCCUGCUUUGAUUCAUUGAAAGGACGAUGUUCAAGGGAGAAUUGCAAAUAUCUUCACCCACCACCACACUUAAAAACACAGUUGGAGAUCAAUGGCCGCAAUAACCUGAUUCAGCAGAAGAACAUGGCCAUGCUGGCCCAACAAAUGCAACUAGCCAAUGCCAUGAUGCCUGGUGCCCAGUUACAACCAGUGAACCAUAUCCCUCAGACAUUCCAAAAAAGAGGGGGGGAGGGAUCUGCAUAUUUCAUCGACACUGAUUCCAUUUAUCAAUACCAAACACUAAAGUUCCUGGGAUCAGUUGCUGGCUCAAAUGCCUUCCUUGAACAGGGAGCUUCUUCCAUUUAUGAGAGGCCAAUGUUUUCAGUUGCACCAAGCCUAGCCACCAAUGCUUCAACAGCCUUUAACCCCUAUUUGGGGCCAGUUUCUCCUGGCUUGGUCCCAGCAGAGAUCUUGCCAACAGCACCAAUGCUGGUUGCAGGGAAUCCUGGUGUGCCAGUUCCUGCUGCUGCUGCUGCAGCAGCACAGAAGCUAAUGCGGACGGACAGAUUGGAGGUAUGUCGAGAGUAUCAGCGUGGCAACUGUAACAGAGGAGAAAAUGAUUGCCGGUUUGCUCACCCUGCUGACAGUGCAAUGAUUGAUACCAACGACAAUACUGUUACUGUCUGUAUGGAUUACAUCAAAGGGAGAUGUUCAAGGGAAAAGUGCAAAUAUUUUCACCCUCCAGCCCAUCUGCAAGCUAAGAUCAAAGCUGCCCAGUACCAGGUCAAUCAAGCAGCAGCUGCUCAGGCAGCAGCUACUGCAGCAGCCAUGACUCAGUCGGCUGUCAAAUCACUGAAGCGACCCCUCGAGGCAACCUUUGACCUGGGGAUUCCUCAAGCUGUACUCCCCCCAUUACCAAAGAGGCCUGCGCUUGAAAAAACCAAUGGUGCCACUGCAGUCUUUAAUACUGGUAUUUUCCAAUAUCAGCAAGCUCUUGCAAACAUGCAGUUGCAACAGCAUACAGCCUUCCUUCCACCAGGCUCAAUAUUGUGCAUGACACCCGCUACAAGUGUUGUUCCCAUGGUGCACGGCGCUACGCCCGCCACUGUGUCUGCAGCAACAACAUCUGCCACAAGCGUCCCCUUCGCUGCAACUGCCACAGCCAACCAGAUUCCCAUAAUAUCUGCCGAACAUCUGACUAGCCACAAGUAUGUUACACAGAUGUAGACACUUAAUCAUCAAACAAUCAUAUGACAGAGAAGAGGACAGCGUGGUUGAGUGAAGAAUCAGGACAGGUCAUUAGCCAUAAUGUAUAUACCGUAAAAUAACAGCACCCAAAUUUCCUCAGCAGUAAGACAUCCACAUAUUGCAUGUUAACAAGAUGAAAUGACAACUUGGAAAUUCACUGCACACUGUUGCCUAUAUACUUUGUACAUUGAAUAGAUAUUUGUGCUGAGGUGAUCAUAUCGUCUAAAACAACCUUCCCUAACUUGAUGCCCUCCAUUUGUGUUGAUCUAUAAAUCCUGGAAGUUAUAGACCCAAGAAAGCUAAAGGGCAUCAGGUUGGAGAAUGUUAGUGUAAAGACUACAGCAUUGUCCAUCUUUUCUAGCACACAAGUAUGCAAUGCAUACCAAGCUGACGUAUGCAUUGGUAGACUCUUUUCCUACAUAAUCAUGUACGUCAUUUUGAAAAGACAGACUGUGAUGUAGCCAUAGAUCUAUAAUGUAUUGGUACGUCUGUAGACCAAGAUAUAAUUUUUAAAGUAAGUUUAUUAUCUCAAGGUUUACAAAUAACAAAAGGUGCACCUUGUAUUUAAAAUUGCCAUUAUAGAAGAGACCGUGCAUGCACAGUAUAAUUUUUUCCUUUUUUGUUUUAAGAGUAAUAUUUUUAAAUGUAAUAGAUUGUAAGAAGUGGUAAAAGAGGUAUCUGACAGAGAUGAAUGUGCCAAGUAAAACCACAACUGUGUAUAUUUUUAAAGCACAUCAAUGGCUUUAAGUACCAUGUUGUUAAAGAUUUUCAUGAAGUGCCAUAGACUGUAAUCAAAGUAGAGUAUUAUUUCUUCAGUGUUACUUUAAGAGCCACAUUUUUGCUUGUUUUGCUAGUAGGUAAUCAGUCAAAGGGCACCCUUCCGUUUCAAACCAAAGCUGUCUCAGAAAUGGCCACCUCAGUUAAUAAUAGACAGCACAUUUUUUUGUUAUUUUUUUAAAGCAAAAAUAAGAGUGGAUAUAUAUGGAUCAUUCCUACACAUACUGGAUAUAUAAACCUAUAAAUUAUUAUAAACCAUUAUAGUUGCAAUAGUUUUUGCAAAGUAUACUGUAUAACAAACAAUAUUUUAAAAAGGGAAGAGCCAUUUCUGAGACAAUAUUAGAAAAAGUCUAAAUAAUUUUAUUUUGCUUCAAUUUUCUAACCUCUGUCAAAAGUCCAAGUGACUCUAAAUGUGUUGAAGGAGAUGGGUUUUGCUUUUCUGAUCCAAUGCAUCACUUCAAAGUCACACACUUAAAAAAAUAUGUGACUCUAAUCAUGGAAAAAGCACUGACAUCAGAUGCCUGAUUAAAAAGAAAACCAAAAUAAUCAACGAUCAAUGAAAAUGUUAAUUAGAGUAGGUGCUGGGUGGGUUAAAUAUCGGGUGAGUUUUAUAUGUGAUUUCUUCUGUUGAGAUUUAACUGCUUUAUAGCCUUAGAAAGCCUUUACAAAUUGAAACAAAAAUAGAUGUGCAUUCAAGUUUUUAAGAUGGAUUCAUCCAAAGGAAAUCCUUUGUGUGGUUUGGAUGUUGCAGUUAGUAAAGGAUAUAUUUUGCUCUGUUCAGCAAAGCUCAAGGUGGGGGCCAGGUCUCUGGUAGCGUCGCGUAGAAUGGGAGAGGUGAGGGUUCGGUUCUAGAAUUCUCCAUACUUCCAAGUUUACUUGCAAGUUUUUAUGCUUGAGAGAUGCUUUCUAGUUAAAAAAAAAAAGAAUGAUGUGUUGAUUUUACUGAUUGUACUGUACAUCUAUUAAAGCCUUAGAUUAUUACAUUACGGGUUAAAACCCAUACCAAUGUAAUUUCAAUCGUGUUAAGAAAGUAUAGGUGACUUCACAUGUUAUUGUAGUUUACUUACUUUUAGAGAAUAUGACUUAUUUUUCCUUGUUAAAAUGGUAGUUUUUAAUUUCAUACAUUUAUUAGAUCAUUUUCAUUUUCUAUUACCAGAUGAAUGCCAUUUAAGUUUAUAGAAUUUUGUUUUAUUAGAUUUUACUGAUGCAUUUUUUUCAAAAUAUGAAAAAAAAUUAAAAAUAUUUUUUCUUCAUAGCAUAUGCAGUUUUGAAUUUACUUGUAGUGUCAUGAAUAUACGUAUUCUUGUUAACUAAAUGAUUUAUAUUUUACUGAUUUAAUAUUACAAUGUAAGAAUAUCAGUCAUUGUUAGUUCUUGUCUAGUUUUCAUUAAAAGAACAAAGAUCUUUUAUAUGGAUAUCUUAUAUAAUCAUUGUUAAGUAAGAAGUUAAGUUGUUGCUAUUGAAAUGAUCCUGGCAGACAACUGAGUAAUAUUUUGAUGAUUUAUUUUGUUUGUAAUUAAUUAUAAAAGAAAAAAUCUAGUUCUUAGAUAUUAGAAUAAAAUUUAUUUUCUACUGUAUCCAUUUCAAAUGUUAAAAUAUUGUUUAAAUAUUUUUUGAAAUCCCUGAAUAUCAGGCCUUCUUAUAAAUAAGCUGCAUAAUCAGUAGAUCAAGGGACUUUUUGUUGAUAAUCCAAAUACUCAAAAAGUUUACGUAUAACAAGAAUUAUAAUAAGUGUGAGUGCUUGUGCAUACUCUUGAGGGAUGAUUAUGCUGCAAUUUAGCAUGUGGGAAAGUAUAGAGAGAGAAGGUUGACCUUUUGCACUUCUGUAUAUAGUCAAAUAAAAAUAAAGAGAGAAACCUGUAUAAUAGUAAGAUCUUAUUUUGAAUAAAAAUGUCUAUAAAUACAAGGAGUUUUGUUAAGGCUUAUAAAAAUGACAGGCUGAACAAAAUUGCUUGCAAAAAAGUGGCACAGAAUUAGCACUCCAUACCCCUUUGAAAAAGUGGCUUUGCUUUAUGUGAACAGCUUCUAGUUUGCCAGGAUUCUUUCAGCUGGAAAGAUUGGCCAUCCUUCUCAUGACUAACAAAAGCUGCACUGGUCUAAAUCUGCCUGAAGAUCAUUUCUGAUGAGACAAGAAAAAUAAAAAUUAUUUUUUUAAAAAUGAAAUUUCAGAAAAACAGGUACUUCCAACCAUUAAAGGUAAAUCAUGGAUCUAAUAUGUCUUACAUUACUCAAAACAACUACUGCAUGUUUCAAGUAUCAAGGAGAGAGAGAGAGAAAGAAAAAGAAAAUAUAAAUAGAUAUAAAAUAUAUAUUCUAUUCAAACCAGUUUCUGAAAACUUUCAGUAGUUUUAUUAUUCACACACUAGCGUAAACACACACACAUACACAGAGAAAGCGAUAUUGACUUUCACAUGCACACUAAAGUUUAAAAAUGUCAACAGGCAAACCAAAACAAAACCAUCAUAGCUGUAGUUGUUAUGUAAUUAUUUUUAUUGCUGUAGUGAUCAGUUCUUUUAGCAGGUGAAAAACAAAUACCCUUUCAAAUUUACCAUUUUUAAUCUAAAGCACUUGACAAACCAUGUACUACAUGAAGCCAAAGUGAGGGGGGAGGGAACCAAUGAUUGGAUCUAUUCUGUCUCAUAAUUCAUAUUGAUGAAUUAGUACAUGUUGCACUUCCUUGCAACCCUAUAACUUUCAUCUGCUGAAAGGACAGGUGUGCUUGGUUUUUACUAUUAUGUAAUCACAGACUUAAAUUUGCUUGGUAGUUGCUCCUACUUAUGUAUUCUGUCCUGGGCUGCAAUUUGUUUUUAAGCUUAUUUUAUUAUUACUGCUAUAGCUGUAUGAAAAAAAAAAUAAAGUUAAAUUGCCCUAAUAAAA